AAUCGAUAUGCCCUUUUGGGUGUAUUUUUAUGUUGGUUGAACCAAUGGGACUGUCAAGCGGAAGGGUGCGAGAAAAUUGUUGUAGUAACUAGACUGUAGCAACUUUGGCUUUGUUUUUCUGCUAUUAACGUUAUUUUUGUGAUAAUGGAUUGGAAACGGACCCUGAAAAGUCAUCUAGCUAAAACUAGUAAACCAAAAAGAACAGAGGAGGAGCAAAAAGAAGAUGAAAUAUCAUUGUUCACUAAAUAUUACACAGAAUGGAAAGGAAGUGAUAAAAAAGCAGGAUCCUAUAAGAUUAUUCCUAGAUUUUACUAUAGGCUUCCAGCAGAGGAUGAAAUUUUGUCACAGAAACUGAGAGAAGAAUCCAGAGCCGUAUUUCUUCAGAGAAAAAGCAGAGAAUUGUUAGACAAUGAAGAACUGCAAAAUUUGUGGUUUCUUUUGGAUAAACAUCAGUCUCUUCCUAUGGUUGGAGAUGAAGCGAUGAUUAACUAUGAAAAUUUUUUGAAAGUUGGUGAGAAGGCUGGGCCCAAAUGCAAGCAGUUCUUCAAAACAAAAUGUUUUGCCAAACUGGUGCUCAAUGAUCCUUAUGGAAGAAUCUCUAUAAUGCAGUUUUUCAACUAUGUGAUGAGAAAAGUGUGGCUUCAUCAGACCAGGAUAGGUUUAAGUCUUUAUGAUGUGGCAGGACAAGGUUAUCUCAGAGAGUCGGAUUUGGAGAAUUACAUAUUGGAACUAAUCCCUACUCUUCCACAACUGGAUGGUUUAGAAAAGUCCUUCUACUCUUUCUAUGUCUGCACUGCUGUUAGAAAAUUCUUCUUUUUCUUAGAUCCUCUAAGAACUGGCAAAAUAAAAAUCCAGGAUAUUUUAGCAUGCAGCUUUUUGGAUGACUUGUUAGAGUUGAGAGAUGAAGACCUUUCCAGAGAAAGUCAAGAAUUAAACUGGUUUUCUGCUCCUUCAGCUUUGAGAGUUUAUGGUCAGUAUUUAAAUCUUGACAAGGAUCAUAAUGGAAUGUUAAGUAAAGCCGAAUUGUCUCACUAUGGAACUGGAACCCUCACAAAUGUAUUUUUGGACAGAGUCUUCCAGGAGUGUCUCACCUAUGAUGGGGAAAUGGAUUACAAGACUUACCUGGAUUUUGUCCUUGCUUUGGAGAACAGAAAAGAGCCAGCAGCACUACAGUACAUCUUCAAACUCCUGGAUAUUGAAAACAAGGGCAGUCUAAAUGUCUUCUCCCUAAACUAUUUCUUCAGGGCUAUUCAAGACCAGAUGAAAGCACAUGGGCAGGAACCUGUUUCAUUCCAUGAUGUCAAGGACGAAAUAUUUGACAUGGUUAAACCCAGAGAUCCAUACAAAAUAACUCUUCAGGAUUUAAUCAACAGUGGCCAAGGGGAAACAGUUGUCAGUAUCCUUAUUGAUCUUAAUGGUUUCUGGACAUAUGAAAACAGAGAAGUCCUUGUUGCCAGUGAUGGUGAGAACACCACAGAGCCAGAUGAAACAUAAUUUUGCAAACUGGACAGUAGAAACUACAAUUGUAAGAUAUGGUUUAAGGACAUGACACCUCCUUUGUUAAAGAAUUAACUUUGAAAGAGUGGUGGAUGUACUCCAAGAAAAACUGCUAUUGCUGACAUCAGAAGCCAUUACACAACUUUCUUCAUAUACUGACUUUGGUUGGGCAGGUCCCAGUUAUUCCAAAAAAAUAAUUUAUUGCUAAAAGAGUACUGCAGAACAGCACUGACAACUCAAUACUUGAAUUACCUUCUCACUGAAUGGUCUUUAUCACUUAUGCAUGCUGGUAAAAUUGGGAAACCCAAGAAUUAUAUUCCAGGAGUGAACUUGAAACUUUGUUCACUUCAGGAAGGAAAAAUGACAGAAAAUGUAAUGGAUAGACCAAACACACAAAAAUGGUAUGAAAAGAUCUACUUCCAAACUUAGAAAAUGAUGUUUUAUCAAGUAAAGUGAAUGCGCUGGCAGUGAUUUUUGUUAAUUUCUUAUAUUAAAUACAUUUUUAAUAAAUA